AUGGCGUCCUCUUCUGGCCGGCGGCUCAAUAUCAACAACAUAAACCCACACGUCAGGGCAGCCAAGUAUGCCGUGCGCGGUGAGCUUGCUGUCAAGUCAGAGGAGUAUCGGGCUUCCCUCCAGACCGGCUCGAGUGAUCUGCCCUUCACUCAGGUCAUCUCGGCCAACAUUGGCAACCCCCAGCAGCUCGACCAGAAGCCUCUCACCUUCUUCCGCCAAGUCCUUAGCAUUCUCGAGAAUCCGGCUCUGCUCGAGAAGGGCGAUGUGCUGGUGAACGACCUUGGCUACAAGCCCGACGUCCUGGAGCGGGCAGAGAGGCUGCUCAAACAGGUUGGCUCUGUGGGCGCUUACAGUGCUAGCAACGGCGUCCCCGCCAUCCGGCAGAGCAUUGCCGAUUUCCUGGAAAGACGAGAUGGCUUCCCUGCCAACCAGGCCGAUAUCUAUCUCUCGGCGGGUGCGUCCUCGGGCGUUAACACGCUGCUCCAUAUCAUUUGUGCCGACGAGAAGUCGGGCAUUCUUGUCCCAAUCCCACAGUACCCGUUGUACACGGCCUCGCUCUCAGUCCUGAAUGCCACCUGCGUGCCGUACCUCCUGGACGAGUCCAAGAACUGGGGCACUGACCUGGGCACUAUCAAGGCGGCAUACGAGAAGGCAAAGGCAGAAGGCACCGAUGUGCGCGCUAUCGUCAUCAUCAACCCCGGAAACCCCACCGGCGCCUCGUUGUCCGAGGAGGAUAUCCGUGCUGUUAUCGAGUUCGCCCGUCAGGAGCGUCUAGUCAUUUUAGCCGACGAGGUGUAUCAGACCAAUGUCUUCAUCGGCGAGUUCAUCAGCUUCAAGCGCAUGCUGCGCCAGAUGCAAAAGGAGAAACCCGGCGUGUACGACAACGUGGAGCUAGCGUCGCUGCACUCUGUGUCCAAGGGCAUGGUGGGCGAGUGCGGCCACCGCGGCGGCUACUUCGAGCUAGUCAACUUUGACCCGGCGGUGCAGGCCGAGAUCUACAAGUUUGUGAGCAUCAUGCUCUGCGCCCCGGUCAUUGGCCAGUGCCUGGUCGAGCUCAUGGUCAACCCGCCCAAGCCGGGCGAGCCCAGCUACGAGCUCUACAAGAAGGAGUACGACGCCAUCUUUUACGGCCUCAAGGAGCGCGCUACCGCGCUGCACAAGGCUUUCGAGCAGAUGGAGGGCGUCGAGUGCGGCACUCCCCAGGGGUCCAUGUAUCUUUUCCCCACCAUCAAACUCCCGCCCAAGGCAGCCGAGGCCGCCGCCGCCGAGGGCCGCACGCCGGACGAGUUCUACUGCAUGCGCCUGCUCGAGGCUACAGGCAUCUGUGUUGUCCCCGGUUCCGGGUUCGGGCAGAAGCAGGGCACCCUGCAUUUCCGCACCACUUUCCUCGCGCCGGGGACCGAGUGGGUCGGCAGCAUGGUCAAGUUCCACAAGGAGUUCAUGGACAAGUACCGCUGA